AUGUCAGACGAUAAGUAUAGUACUCCAGACAUCUCUCACUUACGACAGGAGGACUUCGAGCGCGUGUAUGAACCAGCUGAAGACACAUUUCUAUUCCUAGAUGCACUGGCAAAAGAACACGAAUAUAUCAAGGAGAAAAAACCGUCUUGUUGUGUAGAGAUAGGAUGUGGAUCUGGAGUAUGCAUAACAUUUCUAGCAAAGAUGUUAGGUCCAACAGCGGCCAUGUACUGGUGCACAGACAUCAACCCAUUGGCUGUUUUGGCAGCAAAGAGGACUGCUGAACAAAAUGGUGUUACAGUCAUUCCAGUACUCACAGAUUUGGUUCAAUGCCUUCAACCUCGGCUGAAAAACCAGGUGGAUGUAUUGCUAUUCAACCCUCCAUAUGUUGUUACACCGACAGAGGAGGUGGGCAGUGAUGGGAUUGAAGCUUCCUGGGCUGGGGGUUGUCAUGGCCGUGAAGUAAUGGACAGGCUUUUCCCACUAAUUCCAGACAUUCUUUCACCUCUGGGAAUAUUUUAUCUCGUCAUUAUCAAGGAAAACAAUGCAGAGGAAAUAGAAGACAUCAUGAAAGGUUAUGGUUACAAGAUGUGGAUAAUUUUAUCACGAAGAUCGGGGCCUGAAUUCCUAUCCAUCUUAAAGUUCACCAGAUGACACAUAACAAAGACCAAAACACUCUGAGAAUACAAGCCACUAGAACUUGUCACCAAUCCCACUGAAAGAUCAUGUUGCCUUCUUUGAUGACAGGCUCUCACAAUAACACACAUUGUAGACACUGGAAACAUCCUGCGUCCACUGUUGGACCACUUUCCUUAUCUACGAUGUCCACCGAAGGAACAAAUUCACUCCAGUUUUCAUUCCCUAAUAAUAAAAGUGGAGAAACCUCGACUAACCGAGAAAAUUGACCACGUACUGAAGAGUCCCAGGACAGGGUCAACCUUCAGGCAGUAGUGGUGCCCUGUUUAAGAGCACGGAAAAAUACUCAAGAUACAUGCUUAUAAGUGUCAGAAACACAUAGACUUCUAUAAACGUAUUUGAAGGGACAAUACUGAAAGGUCUGCAAACCCACGUCAGCCCACAACUCCCGAAGGUCAGCACAUCUUUCGGGAUUGAUUGGGAGGAAUGCCAUGUUAAAUUUGGAUUAGAAUUAAACUAUUACAGAAUUAUUGUUCAGAACGUAUUUCUGCAUUAGCAUCUGAGAUUGAGAUGAUUAAGUAACCGAUAACAAAGAAGUCUACACCGGAUGUAGAGAUUCAAGUUUGGGAGAUCACAUGGAUUUUGUUGAACACCGAUUUCUAACCACGCAAGGACUAGUACCAUUAUUAUUGUGGAGGUAUAUCUAUGAUAUCUUUUUUAUCGGGCCACAUUCCCUGGAGGCAUUAUCCUUGGUCCGUUAGGCCAUGAACUCGUUUCAUGACAUUAUUAAGUUUACCUUUGAAGUGAGUGAGAUCAAAGUGAAUUUUUUGGACACUACUAUUUAUAAACUCCCCGACGGGAAGUUGGGGAGUAAAUUGUUCAAGUAACCGACUAACGCAUUUUUAUAUCCACACUAUCGUAGUUGUCUUCCACAUCAACAAAUCAAUAGUAUACCGAACUUACAAGCACUGAGAAUCAAGAUGAACAUUAACUGUAAUUGUGUUAUUUUUAUUGAUUGCUUAACCGUGAAGGAUUUUGAAUAGAAGAUUACUUAGUACUGCUCAAAUGGACUAUUAGGGAAGUUAUCAUACAAAGCACUGGAGAGUUAUAGCUCUUCACUGUAAACGUCACAAGUCACAAUAUAAAUCUGCCCGUCCUAAGAGUACUUUGGAUAUAGAGUUGAUCGUUGUCGUGAUGUAGUCUGACUUGUGGGGCGAAACCGGUAGACAAACUACCAAAUAAAUAAUGGA